GAGGGGUCAUUCUUGGACGUCAUCUUGCUGCGCGGAACGAACGGUUGUUGACAGGCCGCAGAGGCGGCUAGAAGGGAGCAGCGGGAUCCUAUCAUGCCUAACUGGGCGAGCUGUCCUGGGCCGAGGCCUCUGGGCUGGGGAUGAAAGAAGCGGAUCAGAUGCAGAAUCUGGAGGGCUCCGGGGCCGGGCGGUCAGUGGGUACGCAGACGGGCAGCAUGACGGGUCAAAUGCCAAGGCUUUCUAAAGUCAACCUUUUCACCCUGCUCAGUCUCUGGAUGGAGCUCUUCCCCGGAGUAGAAGCCCAAGGGCAAAAAUCUCAGAAAAAUGAAGAGGAAAACCGUGGUCCCUUAGGAGAUAAUGAAGAAUUGGCCAGAGUAUCUACUGACAAAAAACAGGUGAAGAAAACUGGUCUUGUGGUGGUGAAAAACAUGAAAAUCAUUGGUCUUCACUGUUCUAGUGAAGACUUGCAUACUGGGCAAAUUGCUCUUAUUAAACAUGGGUCCAGGCUGAAAAACUGUGAUCUUUACUUUUCAAGAAAACCAUGUUCUGCUUGUUUGAAAAUGAUAGUAAAUGCUGGAGUUAACCGAAUUUCUUACUGGCCUGCUGACCCAGAAAUAAGUUUGCUCACCGGGGCUUCUACUUCUGAAGAUGCAAAGCUUGAUGCCAAAGCAGCUGAAAGAUUAAAGUCCAACAGCCGAGCUCACGUGUGCGUCUUACUGCAGCCGCUGGUGUGUUACAUGGUGCAGUUUGUAGAGGAAACCUCUUACAAAUGUGACUUUAUUCAAAAAACUGCAAAAGCACUGCCGGGUGCUGACACUGAUUUUUAUUCUGAAUGUAAACAAGAAAGAAUAAAAGAAUAUGAAAUGUUAUUUUUGGUUUCAAAUGAAGAAAUGCAUAAGCAGAUACUGAUGACUAUAGGUCUGGAGAACCUGUGUGAAAACCCCUAUUUUAGCAAUCUAAGGCAAAACAUGAAAGACCUGAUCCUACUUUUGGCCACAGUAGCUUCCAGUGUGCCCAACUUGAAACACUUCGGAUUCUACUGUAGCAACCCAGAACAGAUAAAUGAAAGUCACAAUCAGAGUUUGCCACAGGAAGUUGCAAGGCACUGCAUGGUGCAGGCCAGGUUAUUGGCUUAUCGAACUGAGGAUCAUAAAACAGGAGUUGGCGCUGUCAUCUGGGCAGAAGGGAAAUCUAGAAGCUGUGAUGGAACUGGAGCGAUGUACUUUGUAGGAUGUGGUUACAAUGCCUUCCCUGUUGGCUCUGAGUAUGCUGACUUCCCGCACAUGGACGACAAGCAUAAGGACAGAGAAAUACGGAAAUUUAGAUACAUCAUACAUGCCGAGCAGAAUGCUUUGACAUUUAGGUGUCAAGAUAUAAAGCCAGAAGAACGCAGCAUGAUUUUUGUGACAAAAUGCCCUUGUGAUGAAUGUGUGCCUUUAAUUAAAGGUGCAGGCAUAAAGCAGAUUUAUGCUGGGGAUGUAGAUGUUGGAAAAAAGAAAGCAGACAUCUCUUACAUGAAGUUUGGGGAGCUUGAAGGUGUUCGCAAAUUUACAUGGCAGUUGAAUCCAUCUGAAGCUUAUAGUCUUGACCCAAAUGAGCCUGAAAGGAGAGAAAACGGUGUAUUGAGGCGCAGGUCUACAAAGGAAGAGCAGCGCAGCAGCAAGAGGCCACGUCUGGAAACCCGCUCUGCAGGCCGGGCUACACUGCAGUGACCUGUGUGCUGGCUUACUGCACCUCUCAAAUUCGAAUGUGGGGUUGUGAAUGACAGAAAAGCUUUUACUGGGCUGAAUUCUAAUGAGCCUAUGAGUGAUGCUCUCAAUGCGUUUCGAUGUGUUGCUUCUGAGCAUACCAGGUGUUCUUUCCUUACACUAAAUAGGAUAGCAGCAGCAUGAGACCAGUGGAAAACUGACAGGACCUUUCGCUGUUCAUCUGAACUCUAUGCAGCUAGUUUCAAAAGGGCUCAUUCACAGAAGGGGAUCUUUUGACAUACAGCAAUUCCUUUGACUUACAAGGAUGACAGUUGGUAAACUGCUCCAGGAAAUAAAAUGACCUGGCCAUCUUUUAAGACUCCAUGUGUAGCUAACCAAAAGGCUGAAUUACCCUGAAUCCUUCCAAAAUCUGUUGAAAUUGACUCAAAGUUGUGUCCAUUCUCUACUUCGAGUAUGUAAUAUAAAUUGCCUGGGGAUUUAUGUCAGUCAUGCAGUGUUGUGAGAGCACGAGCAUGGCCCCAAGUUCCCUCCCUAGCACUACAAGACAAAUAAAAUGUUAAUCUCAUCUAAA